AUGAACCAACACACAUCACUGGGCGCCUUCCUGCAUGGCAGUCCCAUCCCAAUGUCGCCUCUGUCAGAGCAACUGUCUGUGGGGAGACCUUCCACCAUCUAUGACGUUUUGAUGGUUUGUGGCUGCUGCAUUGACCUCGUCGUCAUUGUGGUCAACAUGCAAGCACAUACAUUGAUGAUUGGCAAACACGUCAUGCGAGCCAUCAACUCGCUGCGACUCAUACGUUUGUUGAAAGCCCUUCAAUGGUUUUCUGGAGUCCAUUUGCUGCUUCGCGCAUGUCAGUCCUUCGCCACAUCGCUCUUUUGGUCCAUGGUAUUACUCACGAUCUUCAUGAUCACAGGAUCACUGGUGGCCGGAAACCUUUUGUCCGUGUUCAUUCUGGAUGACCUGCAACUACUUGAAGACAGGGUCUGGGUUUGGAAGCAUUAUGGGACAGCCUACCGGUCACUGUACAGUUUCUAUGAGAUAACUUUCGCAGGCAGCUGGCCAGCGCAGACGCGCCCAGUCUUGGAGAAGGUGAGCCAAUUUUUCAGCGUGAUAUGGGUGUGUUACAUCACGAUGACACAGGGAGCCUGCGAGCGAGCUAUUUGA